UCAGGGUGUCCGCGGGGUCUUAAAAAGUCUAAAAAAGUCUAAAAUUACACAUUUUCAAUUUAAGGCCUAAAAAAGUCUAAAAUAUAGAGAUAUUUCGCAGUGUAAGUCUAAAAUUGGGUUUGAGUAAUUUAAGACCUACGUUUCAAUGCAAAAUAUCGACAAAGGAUUAUUUUUUUUGUUUGUUUUGUUUUUACGUCCUUUUCCACGCCGUUCUGUUUUUUUCUUUUUCUGUUAUGGUGGCAGUUAUGGUCCGUGUAGUUCUACAUGACAUGUGCUGUUAGUGGAACAUACAAUAAUAAAACUACAGAUGUGAAACGGAAAUGUACUGUCGUCACAGGAUGCAGCAGCAAGUAUUUUGAUUCUCUGUGUGCGAGCAAGGCGGGAAUAGUUACAAAGUAGGAUAACGUCCGAAUGGCAGGAGAAAGUUAAAAAAAAGGAUGGGUAAAUGUAAAUUCAACGACAAUUGGCUCUCAAUAGGGCAAUUUGCAGACUGGCUGAAACGCGUUCCCGCUGAUGACAGUGAGGCAUACUGCACGUUUUGCAAAAGAACUCUUAAACUCGGGACCCUGGGCAUCAAGGCACUGGAGUCUCACACAAAAUCCAGCAAACACCAGGAGUCGGCAAAUGCAGCACGCAAUUCCCAUGGAAUUGCCCAGUUCUGUUCAGUAGCAAGCAGCACGUCGUCAAUAAAUAAUACGGGUAAUAUUCGUGAUCUAUUGGGCUCCACUGAUACAAUGAAGGCAGAAGUUCUGUGGGCGCUUAACACAGUGGCUAAACACCAGUCAUGCAGAUCCAAUGACGGCAUCGGAGAGCUUUUCCAAGCGAUGUUCCCCGACUCCACAGUUGCCAAAACAUUCCAAUGCGGGAGAGACAAGACGUCGUACAUACUCCGAUUUGGAGUGGCAGAGUUCGUCAAAAAAGAGCUUAUCUCAAAGGUGACCGGGCCCUUCGUCAUUAUGUUUGACGAAAGUCUUAACCACGCAACAAAGAGGAAGCAACUGGACCUUCACGUAAGGUACUGGGAUGACGGCCAGGUACAGUCCCGGUACCUGGGCUCACAAUUUAUGGGCCAUGCCACAGCAAACGACUUGCUGAAGGAGAUCAAAGAAUGUGCGGGCCACCUGGACCUCAGCAAGCUGAUUUCGAUCUCAAUGGAUGGUCCAAAUGUAAAUUUUAAGUUCUUUGAGCUGUUCCAGGCGGAAUAUGCUGACCUGUACGCUGGUUCUCAGCUCAUAUCUGUUGGUAGCUGCGGGUUACACACCGUACACCAUGCCUUUAAAACAGGCUUCUCGUGGCAGGUGGACAAGAUCCUCAGGGCCUUGCACACAUUGUUGCAUAAUGUUCCCGCAAGACGAGAGGACUACGAGAAGACCACCAGGUCUACCCGCUUCCCGUUGGCAUGGUGUGGGCACCGAUGGCUGGUAAACCUGCCUGUCGUGAUACGAGCGUUGGAUAUCUGGUCAUCUAUGCUGGUGUACACCAAUGCUGUGAGGAGAAAGGAGCUUCCAAAUCCUGGCACUGGAAGCUUUGCUGUAAUCGAAGAAGCCCAGAAAGAUCCCCUGACUCUACCUAAGCUGCAGUUUUUCAGGAGCAUCGCCCAGCUAUUUGAUCCGUUUUUAAGGAAGUACCAGACUGAGGAGCCGGUGAUGCCUUACCUAGGCAGAGAUCUGGCAGAGUUGAUCAAGAGUCUGAUGCGUCGUUUCGUGAAACGAGAGGUUCUGCAGGACAUCACCACAGCCCAGCUUACCAAACUGGACAUAGGUGACAAGAAUAUCUUGAUGCCGGUGCACUGUGUUGAUAUUGGCUUGGGUGCUGAGGAGGCCCUCAAGAACAGCAAAAGUUCAGACCUCAGGAUUCUUGAAUUUAAAAGGGACUGCAUGCAAGGACUCUCAAGCAUGGUGAAGAAAGUACAGGAGAAGAGUCCUCUUAAGUACAGUACCGUUAGGCAGAUGGAUUGUCUAGACCCCACAGUGAUGAGCAGUGAUCCAGACGGCUGCAAGGCAAAGAUGAAGGGACUUGUGCAGACAUUUCUGCUCAACAGGCAGCUGGCAGGAGGAGUUUGUGCUGGGGACACCAUUCUCCAACAGUUCGAUGCUGCGUUGUCUGUGAAGUGCAGGCAUGAAGAUUUCAUCUCCUUCAAGCCAAUGCAAAAGAGGCUAGAUGGCUUCCUUCAUGGCUUCAUCGGCAAGGCAUACCCAGAUCUUUGGGCCUUUUGCAAGACCCUUUUACUGCUUUCUCAUGGUCAGGCGUCUGUAGAGAUCGAGACGGAGAAUAUGCAAGAAGAAACAUUGGUCGCACACAGGCUUGUUUACGACUACGUUGCAAUACAUGGGGGCGUUACCAAGGUUCCACUUACACCUGACCUAAUGAAAUCUGUCAUGGCUGCCAGGUCACGGUACCGUGUGCAUUUGGACGAACAGAGGAAGAAGAAGGAGACAGAGACACAAGGGAAGAAAAGGGCACACGCGGAGGAGCAGUUACAAGACCUGAAAGUCAAGAGGGACAGUCUACAUAAAGUUACUGAGAGCCUGGGCAAAGAGGCAGAUGAGUUGGCAGAGCAAGCAGAGGGCAAGGCUGGGAGCAAAAUGGCACAUCUGAUUUCAAAAUCAAAUGCUCUGAGGAGGGCUGCCAAAGACAAGCUCUCCCAGCUUAAGGUUCUGGGGGAUGAAAUUGCCACCAAAAGUGCAGAGCUUAAAAGCAUGUCUGGUGGUGAGGCAGCAGUCUUCAGUGCCAGGGGAGGGGCUGUGCUGUCUGUCCUGUCUGCUCAGCAUGCUGCUGCCUCUAUACAGGCUGUGGAGAUGACUGCAGAAUACCUGCUGCUUUUCUGCAGAUACCCCUACAGGUGGGGCAGUGAAAUCCUCCAUAUCGAGUUCUUCAGCACGGUGUCCUUCCUUUACCUGCGGACUAUUGUGGGCUGCAGCCAGGACUACAUUUCCCACGUCACCGUCAACAGGGCGGGGACUCACGUCGUGGCGUUUUGCCCCUCCCCCCGCACGGGCAUCACUGAGUUGGUCACCUGGAACCUAGAUACUGAGGACCACAAACACCUCGCUCGCUUCCCCGCAGUACUGACCACAGGCAUUUGUUUUGACCUGCGGCUCUGCGUGGGGUUCUGCAGCGGAGAGCAGUACCUCCGUCUGUGGGAUCUGACCUCCAGGAUCAGGGACCAGGCUCUUACCUAUAACAUCCAUACGCUCAAAAGUGAGGGCACCGAGGAGGUCGUUCCUAUGGGGAAAACCAUGAGGUACGCUGUCUGCCGCUCCGUCAGAGCUGGAACGGUGUAUGUGUGGAAUUUAUCCAGACCACGUUUCGCCUGCCGACCAAUCAGAGUGCAGCACGGCCUCUACGGCAGCACGGACGUGGUGCUCGCCCAUGACUUUAAACUUUACAUCUUUACUGACAGAAGCACAAACAGCAGCAUGAACGCAUCUUCACACACAUUCCAGACUCUUCUGGUGUAUGAUUUGAUCAAGAGGAGCUAUGUGAGGAGACAGACCGGGAUCACAGUUACUCCCUGUCCCCAACACGAGUACCGUCUGCUGGAGGACGGACGGACUCUGCUGGGCCUAUCAGAGACCAGAGACCAUCUGAUCCUUUGGGAUCUACACUCUGGCUCCAUCAAACAUGAGAUCAAACCCCCCCACAGAAAGUUGCUCCUGUACAGUAGCGGGGCUCAAAACCUGAAUCCUGAUGUGGAAACACGCAGAGAGACAGCAUUAAUGCCUUGGGACGUUCGAACAGAGAGCAAGUCUGCGAAGAAGAGGAGGCUGGAGAGAGAGAAACAGAGAGAGAAAGAGGCGGAAAGGAGGCUGAAGGGAGAGAAAUACAACUCCAUACACCAAUACCUCCUCAGUGGAGAUGAACAGGUGGUGGUGUGCUCUUAUUUUGCUCACCACCUCAAUGUGUUCAGCAUGGCUUCCCAGGAACACCUCCACACCCUGGAGGAUAGAACAUCUCUGCUGAGCCUCCAAACUGCAGCCAUCACCUCCACAGGCAGCCACCUGGUGAUCAGCAGCUACAACCAGGAGCAGAGGAGCCCCCACAUCUGCCUGUGGGACCUGCACAAAGGAACAGUGAUGAACAGACGAACGAAUGAGGUUGGAGUUUGCUGCGUAGCUAUAACAGACAACGCAGACAGAGUUGUCUUUGGGGCCACAGGAAGCAACAGAUUGAAAGUGUGGGACCCCUUUAAGGGAAACUACAGGAGCAUCUGUGGCUAUGGAAACCUGACCAUUGAUGUCUCCAGUAAGCUUUACGUGACAGAGGGAGGAACUAGAGCCAUCCUGCUGUCAGGACAGCUGAGCCUGUGGGACCUGCAGACAGGCAGCAUCCUGUCUGUGCUCUCUCUGGAUGCACAUGUCCGCUGUAUCAGGCUUAUUCCUGGACACCAGGUUAGCAUCCUGCUGAGCCUCAGCCACAGCCCUGCCCUCCUCAGCCUCAGGUUCCCAACCAGGACUGUCAGAUCAGCGCCUCAAGUCUCUCAACAUGAAAACCUGUUCGGAGAGUCCAGCAGCAGCGAGGAAGAGGAGGAUGACGCAUGA